UCCCGCUGUGGUUAUCACAACCAUGGAUGGGCACACUAGUCAGGAUGCUGAUAGAUCACCCUCGCCUCAUCACGCAAAAGAGAGAGGUGCUAGUAAACCUCUCUUCAGGGGAGGAACAUCCGAUUAUGAGGCACACUCAACUGAUGGCGUGCCUUCUAUCAGGCAGCACCUGCGAAGCAGAGGUAUUUCUGAGAAAGGUGUGGACAUCAUCCUGGCCUCAUGGAAACCGGGGACAGGGAAACAAUAUAGACCACACCUUAAGAGAUGGACACAGUUUUGUAAUAGAUGGGACAUUGGUCCAUUUGAUCCCACUGUCAAAAACAUCAUAAAUUUUCUAUUUGAAACUUUCAACAGGAAUGUGGGUUAUGAGUUGGUCAACACUGCAAGAAGUGCCCUCUCGUCACUAGGGAUUGUCGUAAAUGGAUACAGAGCGGGUAAUCAUCCAUUAGUCAUCAGGUUCAUGAAGGGCAUAUUUAACCUAAGACCACCAUCAACUAGAUACACAGAAACGUGGGAUGUUCAGCCAGUUCUGACAAUGUUAACAUCUAUGUAUCCUUUGCACAUUUUGACACUUAAGGAUUUAUCAUUGAAAUUGGUUAUGCUAAUGGCAUUGACUCAAGCAGCUAGAGUAAAAACUUUGCACCUGUUGUGUACACAAGGUAUGCACAUAGAUAAAGAUUUCAUUUCAGUUUAUCUAAGGGGAAACAUUAAGCAGUGUAGGCCUACAUUUAAUAUACGGACUGUUAAAUUUCAAGCAUAUUCUAGGGAUUCACGUUUAUGUGUUUGUGCAACAUUGAAACAUUAUUUGGAAAGGACUGAGGGACUCAGACAGGAGUUUUCCCAGUUCAAUGAUACGUUACUCAUCAGUUACAUUAAACCACACAAGCCGGUUACUAAAGAUUCCAUAUCCCGAUGGAUUAAAACAAUGCUUUAUAGGUCAGGAGUGGAUACAUCAAGAUUUACUGCAGGUAGUGUUAGACCUGCCGCAGUAUCUAAAGCCAAGGCUAUGUCAAUACCCAGCGCUUGUAUUAUGUCCAAAGCGGGAUGGACACGAGAAAGUACUUUUGCAAAGUACUAUGACAAACAAAUUGUUAAAGAAGUAGACUCUUUUCAAGAAGCAGUGUUGGAGUAGGUUGGUUACUCUUUUGUGUUACAAUUGUAUUCUUAUGUUUGGAUAUUGAAAAAAUUGCUUAAACAUUACUUUUGCAAGUUUAUUGGGACAAAGGUAGUGUGGCAGAAGUUGGAAUUGCCAGAGUGGUUUUGUUACUCUCUUAAAAUACAGAUGUAUUUGAAAUUUAGUAUAGAGGUUCAAUUGUAAUAGGAAGUGAACUUCAUGUGAUAAUGGAUUUAUGUAUAAUGAAAUUUCCAAUGCAGGAUCAUGGUUUUUUGAUCCCAUAUCACAAUGCUUUUGAGAGGCAGUUGUUUAGGCACGACACCCACAUGGCUUUAAAGCCUCAUGUAGGAAUCUCCACGUGGCAGAAGGUGAUUUU